CAUGUACUGGUGUGUACCAGUAACCGGAAUCUUUGUGCCUUGGGAGCAGAGAGUAACGCAAGACUGAGCUUCCAGGAAACUGUACAGGGCUUUUUAUCCACCAAUCAGAGUGCAGAGCUUGCAGUCUCUCACUGACUGCCUGUGAAACUUGCAUAUGUGCAGUGUGCACGAUGGAUGUUCAGGGUCGGCUGGAUAUCUCCAAUCGAGACCCCCAGGAUGUGUAUGAGCUGAUACACCGACUGGGCAGCGGGAGCUAUGGGGAAGUGUUUAAGGCCAGGAACAGGGUGACUGGGGAUUUGGCAGCAGUGAAAAUUGUCAAAGAGGAGACUGAUGAAGACUUCUCUAUAAUCCAGAAAGAGGUCCUUAUACUGAAGAGCUGUGCUCACAAAAACAUAGUGGCGUAUUAUGGAAGCUACCUGCGGGCCAACAAGCUGUGGAUCUGCAUGGAGUUCUGUGGAGGGGGGUCUCUGCAAGACAUUUACCAAGCCACAGGAGCACUGUCCGAGCUACAGGUGGCGUAUGUAUGUAGGGAAACUCUUCAUGGUCUGUCAUACCUUCAUAACCAGGGGAAGAUGCAUAGGGACAUUAAGGGAGCCAACAUUCUUCUCAAAGACAAUGGAGACGUUAAAGUAGCUGACUUUGGAAUCUCUGCACAAUUCACUGCAACUUUUGCCAGGAGGAAUUCCUUCAUUGGGACCCCGUAUUGGAUGGCUCCAGAAGUGGCUGCGGUGGAGCUCAAGGGGGGAUACACAGAACUGUGUGAUAUCUGGUCUCUGGGAAUCACGGCUAUUGAACUAACUGAGCUACAGCCACCUAUGUUUCACUUGCACCCCUUGAGGGUUCUCUUUCUGAUGUCUAAAAGUGGUUACCAGCCCCCCAAACUGAAGGACAAGGCAAAGUGGUCUGCUGCAUUCCACAACUUUAUCAAGGUGGCAUUAACCAAAAACCCAAAGAAGAGACCAAGUGCCUCCAAACUGCUGAUGCACCAGUUUGUUUCCCAGGCUGGACUUGGUCCUUCCCUCACUCAAGAACUACUGGAAAAACUGAGAAAUCCUGACAAGCACAAUGAAAGCCCAAACACAGAAGAAGAUGAUGAUAUGGAGCUCCAGUCAACGUUCUCCCGCAUCUUUUCAAAAAAGCGUCACCCCAAAGCCAGCCGCUACACAACGGACAUCCAGUUGAAUCCGAUCAAUUUAAAUCGCCCGCGCAAGACGAAAAUGGAAGAACCCAUUGUAACAAAGGCUGACCAAGAAUUAAGUCCAUUGCGGACCCCCUACAGCCCAGCGCCUCACAUCAGCUUCUGUUCUGAUGAAGAUGACGAUGACUACGAUGAUGUUGAUAUACCUGGAAGCUUAGACCUCAAUAGUGACACAUCGGCUGAUGAAUCUCCCCCUCCAUUACCCCCUAAGCCCAGGUUCCGCACCUCUUCUGAUGAUAUAAAAAGGCAGCAGGACAAGUUGCAUGCUCCCUCCACCCUGGUGCGGUGCUAUAGUGGGCCGAGUGUCCAUAGCAAUCCAGCACCCGCCUCCCUAGUCAGUGUGAAGAGCCAGCUGUCUGCUGCUAACUCAGAGCCAUCUCUUUUAUCAAGUAAUAUCUCAUGGCAGCCACCCCCUUCCCUGCCCCCAAAGAAAGGAAGAACACAAGCAAAACAGGUAGAUUUCCAGCUGAAGAAGAUCUUUAAUGGGUGUCCUUUGAAAAUCCAUUCUGCCACAACUUGGAGACAUCCCACAACAAAUGAUAUGUAUGUUAUCCUGGGAGCGGAGCAGGGGAUCUUCACGUUGAAUCGUUCAGAGUCCCAGGCAUCUCUGGAUUUGCUAUUUCCUGGCCGGACAACAUGGGUCUAUUCUAUCAACGAUGUGCUAAUGUCCGUAACUGGCAAGGUCUCCCAGCUGUACUCUCACAGUCUCUUGGUGCUACAUGAGCAGAUUCGGAGAGAAUCCCGUUUGGGUCACAUCACUACACACAUACUCCUGCCCAGGAAAAAAUCCACAUCCACCAAAGUGCCGGACACUAAGGGCUGUAGGAGCUGUUGUGUGGUCUACAAUGACACAUGUGACAGCUGGUUCCUAUGCUUAGCCCUGGAGAGCUCCAUACAUUUGCUAGAAUGGUAUCAGCCUCUUGAAAAGUUCAUGUUGCUCAAGCACAUUGACUUUCCCCUGCCCUGUCCUCUGAGGGUAUUUGAGAUGCUGUUGGUGCCAAGAGAGAAGUAUCCAUUAGUGUGUAUUGGGGUCAGCAACGGAUCCUCCUGCCACAGCAACAUCCAGUUCCAGACCAUCAAUCUCAACUCCGUGACCUCCUGGUUUACAGACUAUAAAGAUGAUGGCUCUUGGUCUGGUCCAGUGCAAGUGACACAGAUUGGCUGUGACCAAGUCUUGGUACUCAUAAACAAUACACUAAAUUUGAUGGACCACCAUGGAGAACCACUGCAAACAUCUAACUUUCCUAAAACUCAUUUUCCUUUUCCAGUGGCCUCUGUAGCUCUAUCUGGAGAAUACAUCCUUGUUUUAAGGAAUGAAGGUUUCCAGGUAUUGAAAUUACAGUCAGCAGAGGUGCUUGUGGAUUGCACAGAUCGCAGUUUACGGUUGUUGUCCUCAGACAGGAGGAGGAUCAUUGUAGAAGCUCCGCAGACUGAUAACAGCAAUACAAACUUGUACAUCCAUGAAGGAUAACCACACAUGCUUCGUGUGUCUGGACAGUGAGUAUAAGAAUGGGGUGCUGUGCGGCUUUCAGGCCCACACAAGUUACAAGCAGUGACCCAGGAUCCUCUGCAAUAAAAGCCCACCGGAAAAGACAUUACUUGUGACACACUGAGACUUCAUUACUGUAUAAGCUCCAUGCUGUGGCACUGCUGUGGGCAGCACUAUGGGAGAUACUGUUUGGAUGCCUGUGUAGUAAAACUGGUUCAUGUACCUUUA